AUGAAGUCCUCAAUCUUUCUCGCUACUUGCGGCGCCAUGUUGGCCGUUGCCAGCCCAAUUCUCCAAGGCCGCAAGCUUUACAUCAAGACCGAUGUCGUUACCGAAUGGGUCACCGUCACGGUGACUGACGGCGAUACUUCCACCACCUUCCGCCGCCCCAGCCCCAGGCCCAAGCCGACUACGACCACCACACCCGCGGAGCCUUCUACCACCGCCCCGCCCCCCCCUCCUCCUCCUCCCCCUCCGCCGCCUCCCGCUUCCACUCCCGAACCCGUCGUGGAAGCCGCUUCCCAGCCCACUUCCACGCCCGAACCUAAGCCGUCGCCCAAGCCGUCUCCCAAGCCUGCUCCAGUUGAGUCGCAGAAACCCGCUGAGCCCUCGCCUGACCCGGCUCCCGCGCCCGCUCCUUCGCCUACCAAGGAUGAGACGUCAAAGCCCUCGGAUUACUCCAGCACCGCCGUCUACCACCACAACAUCCACCGCUUCAACCAUUCCGCCAGCGCCCUCGAGUGGGACGAUGAGAUUGCCGGUUACGCCAAGACCCUGGCUGAGAGAUGCGUUUUUGAGCACGACACCAAAAUCGGCGGCGGCGGUUACGGUCAGAACCUUGCCAUGUGGGGCUCUACCGAGGACCCCGAGGCUUUUGGCGCCACUGCAUCCGUCGCUCGUGCGGCUAGCAACGGCUGGUACAACGGCGAAGUGAAUCUCUUCCCCGCCAGCGAUUAUGGCAAGGACAGCCCGAACAUGGCAAACUUCAAGGAGUGGGGCCACUUCUCCCAGCUUGUCUGGAGGGAGACCAAGAAGGUUGGCUGCCACAGCAAGUUUUGCCCCCCGGGUACCAUGUCGUCGAUGGGCUCCUGGUACACCGUCUGCAACUACUCCCCUGCCGGCAACAUGGGUGGUGCGUACGCCGAUAACGUCAAGCCUCCCCAGGGCCAGUCCAUUUAUGCGGCCCCCUAA